GAAAGCUUUCUGUGAGUUUCUUGAUGAAAACUUAGUGGUCUUAAGGAACAUUUAUGCCUUCACAUUUAUUUACUAUGUCUUACCCUAUGCCUUUAGGUUUAUUUCCAGUAUGAUCAUAUGACAUUUACUAAAAUUUUGAGUUAAAUACAUAGGAAUAUCAAAAGGCUUUUACUAAGGCAACUUGAAGUUCUUUAUCUUUAUUUAAUCGUUAGAUGUUUUUGUUCUUAUUUUAUCAACGCAUAAUACUUUUAAUGAUUAAUUUCUUUUUGUCCGCGCAUCGCGCGGGUACAUUACUAGUUGUUACUUAUCACAAAGGCCAUUCUUGUUCCACUAAAUGAUACUCUCUUGGAUCUUCUAGUUUGCAUCAUAUGUGUGUAACUACUUUGUUCAGCACCACAAGAUGAAUUCUUUAAGCAAAUAUUAACAAAACGGAGAUUAAUCAGAAGUAGAACGUUUUCUAUUCUUGUGUUCUGAACUAUACAGUGAACUAUCCUACUAUUUACGACACUUGUUGAAAAUUUUUUGUCUCCUCGAACGGGAAGUAAGAUCAAAAAACACAUCCUCUCUGCAGUGUAUUGUAAGACCACCCAUUGAAUGAUCAAAUCCGAACUCCUCCUCGUCUUUAGCUAACAAGACUUGAAAUAAAGGCUGGCUCGAGUAUGAUACUGGCCCGACAAAUCUCUUCUUCUGGCUCUCUCCUACAUAUACUGAAAAAUGUCCUUUUGGAACACCUCCGGAUGUUGAAGGCCUCCUUAAGAACCGAUCAGCCUGAACAAAUGGAGUCACUUUGAUACCCAUUGUCUCAAGGAAUAUUUGUCACUCUAAACUACAAAGGAAAAGAAAGAAUACGAACCUUGCGAAUUACACAGACCACAAAAAUUUUCUUGAAUGUCUAGACACUUGUGUUCUGGUUAAAUACUUUGUGUAUUAGUAAUUAUAAGCUAACGGCAAGUUUCACACAUAAAUGUCUUUUCGUGAAGAGAAAUUUGAGAGGCAACAACACAUGAAGUUUCACAUGGUUUUGCCUACUCCAUUAUUAUUGUCAAAAUAUUUAGGCCAUAAAUUUGUUGAACAACACUAGACCCCAUUGCUUCUCAUGAUUUGGAACAGAAGACGCCUUUAAAAAUAAGAGCCACAAUAAUAGAUGAAAUUGAUGACUUAGUCCUGGACCACUUGGUUUAAAGAAAUGGUGACAGAGAAUUGAAUAAAUGCAUCAACCUCUUCUAUUAAAGCUAGAUAACUUAAGACCCCAUAAACAUAGCCAACAAAUAGGCACAUGGCUUUGCCCUCGGUGGUUAGUGACAAAAGCUUAAGCUCCAACCGAAAGCCUGUCUACUGCCUUUUAUAUAAAUAACCCCCCUUUCUAUGAUCCUUUUUCAUCGUCAACUACAAGCAUUAUCGAUUCAGACACCAUAUUGUUCUAAAUUUCUAGUUUCCUUUCUUGUUUCCAAUCUUCCAAGAAAAAUGGCAAUGCUCAGCCCUAAGAAACUCAUCAAGAUGGCCAGGAGAUGGAAGAAGUUUGCAGCCAUGCAGAGGAGGAGGAUUUCAUUUCCAAGAAAUGGCAGUAAUGAAGACGCUUGCAGUACAUCCUCAUUCAAUACAGUUGAAAAAGGCCAUUUUGUAGUCUAUACAAUUGAUCAAAGGCGAUAUGUGUUUCCCCUGGCAUACCUUGAAAAUGAUGCCAUUGUGCAACUUUUAAACAUAUCUGAAGAAGAGUUUGGACUGCCGAGUGGUGGCCCAAUUACAUUGUCCUGUGAUUCAGCCUUCAUGGACUACAUCAUUUCGCUAAUCAAGAAAGGUGUAGCUGAUGGAGAUCUACACAGAGCAUUGCUCCUCUCAAUUCCUUCAUGUUGCUGUACUUCAUCUUCUUAUUUGCACCAAGAAAGUGGAAACCAACAGCUUCUGGUUUAUUGACUCAUGACAUCCUGUAUGUAAUUGAUAGCACAAAAUAGAAUGUAUAGCAGUUGAGAAAUAGGAAACUGAAGGCUUGUAUUAGUACAGAAGGAAUAGAGCUUUAUCUAGAAAUUAACCCGAUCUAUAGCUUUCACUUUCCAAUUUAGAGAUUGAGAAAUUUUAACAUUAUCAUCUUGGAAUAGCACAAUUAUUUAUUGAAGGCAAUCAACUUUGUCGAUUGCAACCUACAGACA